GGUGCAAUCGUUUUUCUCUUUUGCAUACAAACAUUAGCAGCUUCAGAGACACGAAUCAGCUAUCAACUAAGUCUAACCUUCAGCUCACAUUUGCACACUUCCUAUCCAUUUGGAAAAAAUUCUUCCCUAGAAUCAUUUACUCGUCCUUUCUCUCUUAAAUCUCACGACAGUACACAGAGUGAUCAUCAACUUCAUACACCACCUAAGAUUACAAAGCUUGCCUUGAGUGUUCCCAAAAAGACUGCGUGAGCACUUCCUCUUUCCUUCCUUUUUAGCCUCUGCUCAUACUUGAAGUUCCCCGUUAGUUCCAUCGCUAUGCCUCUGAACUAUCCCUCUAGUUUCAGGGUUCUCGCAGUAGCCAUUUUGGCUGUCCCAACCACCCUGUCCCUUCCCGGAUUAUUCGAUAAAUCCCAACAGUUAACAUCCACGUUUACUUGUGAUCAACUCUCUGAAAAUUCAUGCCUCUACACCUUCUAUGCCGAUCAAAAAUCUGCGAUCACCACAAUGGUAGAUAAAAAUUGUACCGACUAUGGUCAAGACCAUGUUGUUUUCAACAGGACUAAAGGGAUUUUUGGCUUGGACAGUGGUCCAAAUGCCCUUAAAGAUCAUGUCUGGAUGUUGUCAAAUUUCACUCGGUUGAAUGCACCAAAAGCAGUAGUUAGCUUUACAUCACCGCUACUACCUGAACUUCAAUGGCUGGACAAAAGUUACAACGUCUUAAGGCUCUUAAAUGCAAAUAUUGUUAAGCCACCAUCUGUUCCCUUGGGUAUAGAUCCGAGUCAUUCAGAUGUUUAUGCGCUGGAGAUUCCAUGUUAAACAACAGAAGGUUUGUUCAUUUUUGGUAAUGACUACGUACCAAGUUGCAUGAAGAUGAACCAAAUUAGUAUACACGUUUUUGUUUUCGCUUUAAAGCGUGGCAGUAGAAAUUAGAGGGAAAGGGGAAAACCCAAUUCGUAUGUAAAUUAGGGGCUUGUCGGUGCCUUGUGGCACAUCCAUAAUAGGCAAAACGUGAUUUUUACA